ACAAACCCACGAUUAACCGGUGCUAGCUAACGGUAGUUCGGUCGAGUUAACUAAUCUCGCUAGUUUACCUCAGUUUAUGUGUAUUUUUAGUGUUUAAAGUGGCUCAAGAUGUCGGACCUUGUGUAUCCACCUGAGGUCGUCUACAACGUGAUUCCGAAGGAAAAGGUUCAUUCUCAAAAACCGCAAAGGUAUAUGUCCAAGUAUAGACCAACAGUUCUUCUUGAGGAAAAGGCAGCAAAGGAUGCAAUGAGGACGAUGGGACCGGCAAAGGUAGAAGUCCCCUCCGCAGAUAAAUACCUCAAGAAGCAUUCAAAAGAGCCCAAAUUACACGAAAAGACACAAGGUUCGAAAGAGGUUCGUCACACCCCCGCUCUGAAGAAACCCCCCGUUCCGGCGAGGACAGACAAGCCGCCGAUGGGCAUUCACACCAAGAGAGACUUCAUAAGGACCGCUGCAGCGGCGCCAAUGAAGCCCCGGCCGGCCUGUGUGGACAGCCGGGGGGGACACAAGCAGCUCCUUGAGAAUUCUGGACUGGUCCCCAAAUACAUCAAGAAGAAGCAUUACGGAGAAGUGCCCCAGUACCUGCGGCGGCUCCACGAAGAGGAGAUGAGAGCUCAGGAGAAGCGCGACGACUUUGUGAAAGAACAGCGGGAGAAGAGAGCUAUGAAGCACCUGAGUGAGGAGGAGCGAGCAGCCACGCUCAAGGGUCUGAAGAAGUCUUGGGAUGAGCUGCACCACGAGUACCAGGGCCUCUCAUUCGUCGCAGACACCCAGUCCAAGAAGUCCCACAGGCUUCGGCUGGAAGCGGCGAUGAAGCAGCUGGAGGACGACAUCGAGCUCUUUGAGAGGUUCAAGACCAUCUACAUACCUCAGAAAUAAAGUGCUGGUUUCAAUCAGAUGUGCCGCGUGUCUUGAGAUCGGCAAUCAAAUGUCACAUGAGUGUGAGAAAAGGAGAAUUAUACUUGUGUGUUCUCUCUGUCACAUGAACAAUGAAGCAAAGAUAAAACUGUGAACCGCAAAUUUAGGAAUUAUUCCCAUAAUUUAAAAUUAUAUAAUUUAGAACAGCAUUAAUAGUCUGAGAUGUUUUACAGUCUUUAGAUUGACCACUAUUGUAUUAUUGAACUCUUUUAAAGGAAAAAAGUGUGAUUCCAUUUAUCUUCUAAGAUCAUUCAUAUUAAAUGUCAGAUGAAUGAAAACAAA